AUGAUCUGUCAUGAACAUACGGAUACUUCGUGCUAUUACUUCGAACGUAGACUCUGGGCGAAUUAUUCUAGCCCUCGCUUGGACACUAUCUUGUGCGAUAGUCCGUAUGUACCAAGCAAAUGCAAAUGCAUGCAACCAACACUGAAUCGCCAGAGGGGACGAAAGGACAUCUCUACUGUGUAUGCGGUUGGAGAUGAACACCUCGCGUACGGCACCACCAUGGAGGUGCCACCAUGUCUGGCUGGCACUCUGGUCGGCACGAAGGCCACGAGCAACCGCCACUUAUCAGUGACUUUCUAA